CAGAUUCACAUCAGUUCUCCUUCAGCCAUGACUGGACCGCUGCAGACCGGCCUCCAUUCUCCCUGAAACUCUCUGCACAGCAGCCAUGUUGUUGAUCUUCCUCCUGCUGCUCAUCAGCAGCUUGGGAGGAUCAUCAGCAGCCAAACAGGAGAUGCUGUGCACCCCUAAAGCCUGCUUUGUCCUGAACAUGGAGCCCGUUGGCUUUCAAAAGGCCCAGAACCGCUGCGAGGAUGACGGCGGGUACCUGAUGACUCUCAGAGACAGAAAGGAGGAGGAAGAUCUGCGCUCACUUCUCUUGCUGGUUGAAAAACAACGACCUGACCCGACUUUAAAGGUCUGGAUCGGAUUGAAGCUGAAAAAACAGGACUGCGUUCUCCCUGGCAGGCCUCUCCGAGGGUUCAAAUGGGUCUCUGGGGACGAAGAGUCCCUAUAUUCCAACUGGGAACAAGAGCCUCCCUUCACAUGCACCUUGGAGAGAUGUGUGAGGGUGGUUUACACCUUCUCAGACCAGGAACCGCUGAAAUGGACCCAAGGAGUUUGUAGUAAAAAAGCUUCUUAUGCUUGUAAGUUUUACUUCCAGGGGAUGUGCUCCCCUCUGGUUCUGCAGGGGCCUGGAAAGAUCGUCUAUGAGUCGAUUUUUGUAAAGGAGCCUCUAAAAACUGAGCUAAAGCUGCUUCCGUACGGGACGAGGGCCAGAAUCUUUUGCGGUGGCCACGAGACGACUUCGUCUCAGUGCAGAAACCUGGACGGUGCCUACGCCUGGAGCCCUCCCGGGCCGUUCUGCAAGCAGGAAACCCAGAACUGUCAGAAGAACAACGGAGGCUGUGCACAGAAGUGCCGGCAGGACGGAGGAACUGUUCGGUGCUCCUGCAGAGAAGGUUGGGAGCUGGAAAAGGACGGGUUCUCCUGCAGGAUGACGGACCUGUGCCGACCCGAUACCUGCGAGCACAGCUGUGUGAUGAGCGAGGACGGCGUUUCCUGCAGAUGUCCCAGUGGCUUCAAACUGAGUGAAAACCAGCGGAACUGCUCCGACGUGGACGAGUGUCUCUCUCAGGCCUGCGACUACGGCAGCUGCGUCAACACGGUCGGCAGCUACAGGUGCGUGUGCGGGGACGGCUUCCGCCUGACGGACGGCGAAUGCAGGCAUGUGAACGAGUGUGGAGGCCUGGUGUGUGAGCACGGCUGUGUGAACUCUGGGGGAACCUUCUCCUGCCUCUGCCAGGACGGUUUCCGUGAGUCCGGAGACGGACCGUUCGGAGACGGACCGUCCUGCGUGGACGUGGACGAAUGCGCCGGUGACCCUUGCCCCCGUCUCCUCACAUGCAUCAAUACAAUCGGCAGCUUCAGCUGCUUGAAGCCGGAGACUCAGGAGUCCACGACCUUUGUGUCGACCCGGCAGCCCGUCUCCUCAGCCGCCCCAGCAGAGGACAGGAGGACACACAGGACCGCCGUGGAGCUGCAGCGCCAGUCCCCCCACACCGACGCCCCGCUGCCUGAGCUGGUCAACGUCACAGACCAGCUGAGGAACCAGUCCCCGGUGUCCGCUGAGGACGCCUCGGCCGGGAACAGGGUGCUGAUCUGCGUCCUGGGCUCGGUCGUCCCGCUGCUCGCCCUCGUCGCUCUGACUCUCUUCAUCGCCAUCUUCCGCUGCAGUCGCUCCAAAACGGAGGUGAAGAAGAAGAAAACCACGGCGGACGGCUACUGCUGGGUUUCCUCGGGUCUGGAUCCACGGCUGGAGAAGCUGUAUGAAUCCAUCCUGACUGAUGACCCCUGACCCCAGAGGGAGAGCAGGCACUGCAUUUCAUGUUAAUUUAUAAAGAUCUGUAUGGAUAUCAUCAACAUAUUUUCAUCCAGAUUCAUUUCUAAUUGCUUUCUAAGUAAAGUUUCAUCCAGAUGUAGAAAUAUUCCAGUAGAAAUGCAGCAGGUUGUUUAGAUUUUAUACAUUUAAAUAAAAUAACAUCAUCCACCGUG